UUGAUUCAAUUAAGGCUUGAUACGCCAAAGCGUGAGUGCUUUAUACGUGUCGUUUGCAUAUCGGACAUUCAUGACCAGAUUACUAAAAUUAUCCAUCGCAUUCCGGACGGUGAUAUUCUUAUAUGUGCUGGGGACUUUACACACACGGGAAGUGAAGAGAAACUCAAAGAGUUCGAUGAGACUGUCGGCAAGCUACCACACAAGUUCAAAAUAGUUAUAGCCGGCAAUCACGACUUGGGUUUUCAAGACGAUUACAGUCUUAGCGAAAGCCAAGAAAAUAUAGCCUGCAGGGGCUUAAAGGGCACACCAAAAGGAUACAAACUUCUUAAAAACUGCAUCUAUUUGCAAGAUUCUUCUACAAAAGUAAUGGGUUUAAAUAUCUAUGGCAGUUCAUGGCAUCCGCUCCCUGGUUUCCCUUUCUAUCUACCUAGAGGUCAACAACUGUUGGAAAAGUGGAAUCUUAUACCAACGGGAACUGACAUUCUAGUAACCCACACACCUCCACUUGGACAUAACGAUAUCUUUAACAAAGAGAAUACAAGAUGUGGCUGUUCCGAACUACUAAACACUGUCGAAAAAAGAGUACAUCCAAAAUUCCACGUCUUCGGACACAUUCACGAGCAAAAUGGAGUCACUACGAAUGGCGAGACCACUUUCAUUAAUGCCUCGAUUUGCACUCAUGCGCUUAAUCCCAUUUAUGACCCUGUGAUAUUUGACAUCCCCAAACCGUAA